GCACAGAAAAAAAAAGGAGAGUUCAUCAUUAGGCUAGACCGGUAGAUAGAUAUAAAAAAUAUGUCAAUACUUACGACCAUGCUUUAUCUACGUCAUUCGAGCUCUACUGUACAGUGGUAAUUGAGGCACUACUAACAAACCCGUCCAGACGCGAAACGCGGCAGCGACUGCAGCGAGACCAGGUGCCGCAGCCGGGCAACGUCAGGGAGUAGAGAUGGAAGACCAUCACGACGACGCCGGAGCGCCCCCAUCGGAAAUCAAUGUAUAUCUCCACGAGGAGUCGCGCGUUCUUAUAUGCUCGGUAUGCAAGGCUGGCAUCCAGCCCCGGCCCGGCAUUGAGUCCCACUUCCGGCGGAGGCACGGCGCAAAGGGUGCUGUUCUGCAGCGGAUCCGGGAGAAGGCCACGACAGCCGCCGCAACGGCAGGUGGGCUGGCGGACCCACAGACAGCGGAGACGCCAGCAGAUGGGACGUCGCCCGUCCAAGAGCUCCGGGUACAGGCCGGGUUCAGCUGCACAGCAUGCCGCUUCUUAACGACAAACGAGAUGGUAAUCCGGCAGCACUGGACAGGGAGGAAGUCGGAGGUGGACGAUAGCCAUGGUUGCUAUGAGCGUUCAAAGAAUAACUGGACAGCCGUAGCACUCCAGUCUUUCUCCCGAGCGAGGCAGCUUACACGAUACUGGAUUGUCGACACCACCACUCCGCCACAUCGAGUAACCACAGGAGAGGAGACUACGACUGGGAGAGAGGCAGAGUUAUGAUCUGCCUUACCGGAUACAGAGUGGGAGCUGCAGCUUCGCAAGUACGAGGCGAAGGCUACAGCAAAGGCAGAAGAGCGGCAACGUAUGAUCGGUGAGGAGACGGGGGUCGAUUUUGAGUCUGUGCAUCUAGCAGGGUUGGACAUGGCUGAGCUUCGAAGGGCCGCUCAGCCAGGUCUGACUCCAAGGGA